GGAGCGGGUGGCACCUCUUCCCUCCUCCUCCUCGCGUUAGUUCCGGUUGCAGAGGAGACGUCGCUGCAGUUGCCGCCACAUCGGGGAUUUCUGGCUCUUUUCUCUUCGCCUUAAAUUCGGGUCUCUUUUAUGAAUAAUCAAAAGCAGCAAAAGCCAACGCUAUCAGGCCAGUGUUUUAAAACCAGAUAAAGAGAUGAAAAAGAGAGGUUUGACCCUACUCAGUUUCAAGACUGUAUUAUUCAAGGCUUAACUGAAACUGGUACUGAUUUGGAAGCAGUAGCUAAGUUUCUUGAUGCUUCUGGAGCAAAACUUGACUAUCGCCGAUAUGCAGAAACACUCUUUGACAUUCUGGUGGCUGGUGGAAUGCUGGCCCCAGGUUUUUAACAAGUUAAUAAGGCGCUACAAAUACCUGGAGAAAGGUUUUGAAGAUGAAGUAAAAAAGCUGCUGCUGUUCUUAAAGGGUUUUUCAGAGUCGGAGAGGAACAAGCUGGCUAUGUUGACUGGUGUUCUUCUGGCUAAUGGAACACUUAAUGCAUCCAUUCUUAAUAGCCUUUAUAAUGAGAAUUUGGUUAAAGAAGGAGUUUCAGCAGCUUUUGCUGUAAAACUCUUUAAAAAAUCAUGGAUAAAUGAAAAAGACAUCAACGCAGUAUCUGCAAGUCUUCGGAAAGUCAGCAUGGAUAACAGACUGAUGGAACUUUUUCCUGCCAACAAGCAAAGCGUUGAACACUUCACAAAGUAUUUUACUGAGGCAGGCUUGAAAGAGCUUUCAGAGUAUGUUCGGAAUCAACAGACCAUAGGAGCGCGCAAGGAGCUCCAGAAAGAACUUCAAGAACAGAUGUCCCGUGGCGAUCCAUUUAAGGAUAUAAUUUUAUAUGUCAAGGAAGAGAUGAAAAGAAACAACAUUCCAGAACCAGUUGUCAUUGGGAUAGUCUGGUCAAGUGUAAUGAGCACCGUGGAGUGGAACAAAAAAGAGGAGCUUGUAGCAGAGCAAGCCAUCAAGCACUUAAAGCAAUACAGCCCUCUACUUGCUGCCUUUACUACUCAAGGUCAGUUUGAGCUGACUCUGUUACUGAAGAUUCAGGAGUAUUGUUAUGACAACAUUCAUUUCAUGAAAGCCUUCCAGAAAAUAGUGGUGCUUUUUUAUAAAGCUGAAGUCCUGAGUGAAGAGCCGAUUCUGAAGUGGUAUAAAGAUGCACAUGUUGCAAAGGGGAAAAGUGUCUUCCUUGAACAAAUGAAAAAGUUUGUUGAAUGGCUCAAAAAUGCUGAAGAAGAAUCUGAGUCUGAAGCUGAAGAACGUGACUGAAUUUUGAAACUACAUCCUCAGUAAAGCAAACAGGAGUUGUAGAUAAAAUGUCAUGUCUCAUGUGUCCUGGUUCUUACAUCUUCCUACUUCCCUAUAUCAAGCAUAAUAUAAGGGCUUUCAUGGCAAAUUUUAUUUGAACUGUUUCUAUGGUUAUUGGAAAUGUUGGGUUUAGUUUCUAAAACCAUGUUUUAAGUAGCUACAGGAGCUAUAGAUUUGAAUCUAAUGUUGCAUUAGUCUUUUCAGUUAUCUUCUACCUCCUGUAUUUUCUACUGUAAUAAUGUAAUUUAAGGCCUUCCACAAUGAACAGUUCACUUUAUUCCCUGGGUUUUCUAUAUAUAAACAGUUUUCAAGAUAUGAUUUGGUUAAAAAUAAUUUGUUAUAAAAAUUCUGUUUGCAAAUUAAACUGUAAAAGUAUCCAAAGUUGAGAAUGUUAAGAGUCAGCAUGUUCUAAUUGGGGAUCUGAAUUUAACUUAUAUUUCCUUUUGGCUUAGAGCAUUUGUUCCAAAGAAUGAAGUACAAUAAUUGUAUAUUCUCACUUGGUCGUACUGGACUGGCUUCAUUCUCUUAGUACAUUCAGUAAUGACUCAAGCAUCUGGCUGUUAAUGUACCCUAGUUGCCAACUCUUAAUUGCCAUGAGCCAAAUAUUUCUUCUAUGUGAUUAAUCCAUUUAUUUUAAUGGCUGCCUUUUAAUUUUUCAUCUUUUUAUUUUCUUGCUGCUGGCCAUCCAUGUAUGUAGUCAUUAAGGGGAAAAUAUUACAACAUUUUUGGGUGGAAAGGCAUUGUGUUAUAAGUGAAUGUUUUGAAGGAUGUUUUAAUUGAAAGAAACUAGCCUGGAAUAUGGCACCAGAGAUUGAGUGGAAAUUACCCCUUUUGAAGGUGCCAUUCUUAUUAGCCAAGAAGUUGGUAUUUAAACAUUCAUCUUGAGGGAAUAAUGUGUAAUAUAUAAUUUGAAAUAAAGUUAUAGUGACCUUAAGAAGAGCAUUAUAACAGAUAACAUUGUGGGAAUGGGGUGAUUUUGUUAAAUGAAUAACUUGGAUAAAGUUUUCAUGUGCAGGCAAAA